AUGGCGGGUCUGGUUGGGAUCGGGCAGCGGGCCCAGAACGCUGGGCAGGCGAUGUUGACGCUUGGUUUUGUGUUGGUCUCUUGCUUGACUUUGGCUAGUACAACGGCUGGAUUAGCAGCAGCAGCCCCUUGUCCCAGCUCUGACGGACGCAUCGUGACCCUCAACCUCACGUACAUGAUGGAUGAGGGAUAUGAGCCUCAUAAUUACUACGAAUCCAUCCAGCUCCUAGCAGCGCUCCAAGGCAUCGUCAACCGUGAUACACCCAACCUCUUUGCCUUUCUCAAUGCCGCCGAUGCGGACUGGAUGCCCGUGCUGUCACAGGAGGUGUAUGACUGGUUGGCCGGUUAUAUUCGUAACAUCUCGGCCUCCCCACAACUCAAUGCCGCCGUUCAUGGCUACAUGAUUGACUAUUACUGGACUCAGGUGAGCACCAAAGCACCGCGUAGUGGGAACACCAUCCCCAAUCAGGAUUGGGUUAUUGCUCAGCGAGGCCUCUUUUGGGAUCUUGACAUCUGGGCCGAUGAGGCCCCCAAUGACGAUCCCAAUCAGCCCCUGGGCACGGAUCAUGCCAUGCUCACCGAAAUUCUCAAUGCUUCAAACACUCGCCUGAAUACGGCUCACAUGAUUCAUGUGGUCGGCUUUGUGCCCUGGGCAUUCAAGUACGUGGACAACAAGCACGGCGGUGUGCCUACCGAAUGGGAGCUGGCUCAAUACUUGUCGCAGUGGAAUGCCUUUGUGGAUGCCGAUGCGUGUUGCAUCGAGUCCAUGAGUAAUGCGGCCUUCUAUCGGCAUUACCCCCUGCCACGUCGCAUGGCCCAGCGGCCGCCGCCCAGCCUUGCCGAAGCCGUCAGUGCGGGUUAUGUCGUCCAGCAGGCAGAGACCUUCCAGGUUGUGCCGCGAUUCUACAUUAGCUUUUACGUGGGCGACUACGACUCGGCAGCGUGGCUCUACACUCAGGUCAAAUCCAAGUGGGAUCAUCCUGGUCGUGGGCAGGUGCCGCUCGGGUGGGCAUUCGAUCCAGAACUUCAGCUUCGCUUCCCCGUGGCCUUUGACUACGUGUACAAGAGCCUCACACCCAACGAUCGCAUCAUCACUGGCGACUCGGGCGCCGGCUACGCCAACCCCACCGGUCUCAUUAGCCCCCGCCCGCUGUCCGGCUUACCAGACGGCUCAUGUGUGUGGCAGCAGCAUAACCAGGCCUUCUAUCAGUCGCUCGAUGAACGCUUCACAGGCUUUUUGCUUCAGGGCGAUGAGGGGCAGUUGAGCCCAGCUGCCGAAGAUAUGUACAAGGCGUUCUCGCCAGAGGGGGCCGUGGCUGAAUUUGGAGAUGCCACUGGCGUAAGUGGCAAUCACCUCAAUGAGCGCCUGCCUGUCUUGGUACAGCGUGACAUCCCGACGGACUCGGCGGCCGAUGCCGUCGAUGCUAUUCUCUCCAUGUACAACGCUUCCGACCCUGGGCCGCAGUACUUUGUUUUUCGUGCCGUGCUGCAGACGCCCGACUUUUACGUUGGCAUUAUGCAAGAGCUAGCUCGGCGCAACUCGUCAACCGUCGCCGUGGACCCUCUCAUGUUGGGCCGCUUGGCCCGUCUAUCACUGGGUCAAAUUCUCGACGCAUACCUGUACGCAGUCAGCGACUCAGUGGCCACGACAUACGCGACCAGCGAGCCCAUUGCCUUCAACGUGACCUUUCGCAACGAUGGAUGGGCAGCCCUCCCGGCCGGUUACGCCGUGUGUGCCAAUUUGACGGCCGUCCCGGUUCCAGGUGAUUGUGCACCCCAGCCCAUUUGGGCGCAAGACUGCCAAAGCCUGCCUGCCAACCUGGCGCCAGGCAGCAGCGUGGCUUUUGACUUUCAUCUCGCACAAACAGCUGCGGCGAUGAAUGCAACUCAGGCCAUGCUUGACUUUGGCGCUCAUGAUGACAACCGCAUGCACGUGCAGCUGAUUGUACGCCUGGAGCAGUGA